CUGCGUGCGGCGGCUCCCGCACGCGGCUCUCACUGUGCUCGGCUCAGCGGAGCAUCAGCGUGGGAAGCCCCUUCCCCUUCCCUUCCACUCCCUUCCACUCCCUUCCCUUUCCCUUCCCUUCCCUUCCUUUCUCUUCCCUUCCCCUUCCCGUCCCCUUCCCCUUUUAGAGGAAAAAGUCCCCAUUUCUGGCUGCCCGCCAGUGUGCAACCUGCUGGAUUUAAUAGCGCCGAGCUUGCCUCACUCCUAUGGGGUUUCUCUUUUCUGGUACCUCCCUUCCUGCAGCCCAACUGCUGGGGAUGCUCCAAGGUUCGGAUGCUUUGGCUCAGCGCUGGCGCAAUGAGAACUAUGAGAGGCCAGUGGACCUGGAGGGCUCCGGGGACGAUGAUCCCUUCGGGGAUGAUGAACUGGAUGACAUCUACUCGGGCUCCGGCUCAGGCUAUUUUGAGCAGGAGUCGGGGUUGGAGACAGCAGUCAGCCUCACCGCGGACACAUCCAUCCCUCUGCCCACCACAGUGGCCAUGCUGCCUGUCACCUUGGUGCAGCCCGUGGCAACUCCCUUUGAGCUGUUCCCCACGGAGGACACGUCCCCUGAGCAAACAACCAGCGUCUUGUAUAUCCCCAAGAUAACAGAAACACCAGUGAUCCCCAGCUGGAAAACAACCACCACCAGUCCCACUGCCAGUGACUCUCCCAGCACCACAGCCACCACCACCACGGCUGCCACCACCACCACAACCACCACCACCAUCAGCACCACCGUGGCCACCGCCAAGCCCACCACGACCCAGAGGUUCCUGCCUCCCUUUGUCACCAAGGCAGCCACCACUCAGGCCACCACCCUGGAGACACCCACCACCUCCAUCCCCGAAACCAGUGUGCCGACAGAGGUGACCACAUCACGGCUUGUCCCCUCCAGCACGGCCAAGCCGAGAUCCCUGCCAAAGCCAACCACCUCCAGGACUGCAGAACCCACGGAAAAAAGCACUGCCUUGCCUUCCAGUCCCACCACGCUGCCACCCACAGAAGCCCCCCAGGUGGAGCCAGGGGAGUUGACGACGGUCCUCGGUAGUGACCUGGAAGUCCCAACCAGUAAUGGCCCCAGCGGGGACUUCGAGAUCCAGGAGGAGGAGGAAACAACUCGUCCUGAGCUGAGCAAUGAGGUGGUGGCAGUGGUGACACCACCAGCAGCACCAGGGCUGGGCAAGAAUGCGGAGCCGGGGCUCAUCGACAACACGAUAGAGUCGGGCAGCUCAGCUGCUCAGCUCCCCCAGAAGAACAUCCUGGAGAGGAAGGAAGUGUUGAUAGCUGUGAUCGUCGGCGGUGUGGUAGGAGCCCUCUUUGCUGCCUUCCUUGUCAUGCUGCUCAUCUACCGGAUGAAGAAGAAGGACGAGGGCAGCUACACAUUGGAGGAACCCAAACAAGCCAACGUGACCUACCAGAAGCCGGACAAGCAGGAGGAGUUCUACGCGUAGGACAAGAGCCUGGCAUGCCUCACCUCCCUGCUCCUGCUCCAAACUCUCCCUCCUCUCCUCCAUCCCGUCUCUUUAUCUCUCUUCUCUUUUGGAUCAGACUGUGAAUUUAAAAAGCAAAAAAAACCAGACAAACAAAAAAACACAAAAGGAGAAACCGUACCUUUGGCGCGAGGAGAUGCCACGUUGCGGAUGGCGGAUGGAGCUCACGGGGCUUUUCCCACCUCCUGGUGGACUCUGGGAUCCGGACACCUUGUACCAGCCCUAGGGUUUGGAUUUAUCUUCUUUUUUUUUUUUUUUUUUUUUUUUUUUUUCCUAUUGGAAAGAAAGGAGGCUUAUUUUUUCUCUAUCUCUAUUUUUUUUUUUUCCUCAUUUUUAUUUUUUGAAUGGAGCUGGUUACUUUGCGGGAAUUCCUUUUUGCUCCUAGCUUCUGUUUGAAAAGAGGAUGUAACUCUCAGAUAUGCUUUGAACCUUGAAAAAGCACAAGGGGCUGGAAUACCUGGUGCCCUGGGAUUUGCUCUUGGUAUGAGGGAACAAAACCAAACAAAACCACGGCCUUCCCAUCUGGAGAAUUCAUGGAGCACCAACAAGCCGUGUUUGGGUUCCUCAUGUGGAUCCACUCUGGCCACCAGCACCCUUUGCUGCAUCGCUGUGCACAGCCAGAGACCCGAUGUCCCUAGAACCCAUGUGGUGUUGGCGUGGUGUGGAGCAGGGCCUGUGCUUUUGCUGGGUUUUCACUGUGACCAAUAAAGCUCAGCUUGCGCAGCCCCUCUGGCAGCACUGAUUUUCAAAUGGUGUGGAAUGGCCCUUCGUGGGGAGCUGGCAUGGGGUGGGAAUGCAAACUUGUUUGGCUGGGGUGAUGUCCUGGAGCUCAGCAAGGGAAGAAAGGAGAAACAAGAGGCACUAAAUGACAGGAGUCAAGCAGGGGGACCCAAUGACAGGAGCACAGAGCUGUUUGAGGGCGUCUUGGAGCAGAGUAGAUCAUCUGCAUGGCUUUGGUGAGCCCCAGUGCUGAGCAUUUCUAUUCCUUUGGUUGAAUUUUAAUUCCCGUGGGGAUCAGCUCAGGGCAGCCCACAAGCAAAGAGCCCAGGAGCUGUUGUCAACCACGCAAUGCUCUCCCUUCUGUCUGUCCCCAACAUGCAGAGCCCAACCAUGCCUUCGAGAAGGGCUGAAUCUUGGAGUGAGCUCCCUGCACAGAAAAGUCAAUUAGAUAUUUCAAUUAGUUGGCUUUUAAUUAGCUGAAGCACUGCUUGCCGUGCAGCUGAGGAUCUUUGUUUUAACAGUAGCUGCGAUCUCAGCAGUGUCCUGUGGAGAUGUUGGCUUUGCUCUUAGAGCAGUUUAAACAGGAGAACAACACAAAUAUCACUUUGUCCAACUUUGUUGCACCACGAAUUGACCUGCAUGGGCACAGUAACACUUUGUCCCCUCCAGGACAUGAGUGCAUACAGGGAUUUAUCACCCUGCUGGAGGCUGCAAGACGGCAGAGCUCCUUUUUGUGUUGGGAAUUUGAGAGUCUGAAUGCAUGUGUGAAUAUAUAUAUACAUAUAUAUAUAUACACACACCCACAUACAUAUAGAGUUUGAUAAAUAUACAUAUAAUGUGAAACAAAACCCCUGUUAAUCUGUUGCACUGCAUACAGCGGCUGAGCUGGGCCUGGUGGUUGUGAAGAGCUGAGGUUUGCACAUCAGCAUUCGGUCCCUGAGCUCACUAAUGGUCUUAUUGCACCAUAAGGAGCACAGCCCAGCUGUAACAAUCCCAAUUUUAGAGAUGUCAGCCUCAAAACAAACGUCGUUUUUGUUCUCUGUGUUCAGAGAAGGCUGUUCUGCUGGCUGCCUUGAAUGGGAUGCUGAAGGUGCUGGGGUACGUGUGUGCAUAUAUGCAGCCAUUAUGAAUUCUGUCAUCAUGAGGAUGAGGAUGUUCUGAAGGUGACCACGUGGCUGAGGAAGGCUGCUGUUGGCCCCAAGGGCCGCUUCCGAGCUGCUCAAAGAGCUGCUUAAUGGCUUUGUGUUUCUGCUCCCAAAGGCCCCCGGCUGUUGGUGCACGGCAGAAAUGGAACCUCCAUGGUAGCACGAGUUGGGUAUGGCAGGCAUCCAGGCCACCCAAAAUCACUGUCUUUUGGAAUAACGUGGACUUAAUCUUUUGAGCUUACAUUAAGGGAAAAAAAGUCAACCCUUCCAGCUUAAUCUUUUAAAUGCUGCUUUUCUUAGCUGCUUCCCUAAUCUUCUUCAUUCCAUUUUUUUCCCCUCUAAUAGUCUGAACUUCUAUAAUACAAUUUUUUAUUCACUCAAGCUUAACCUCGGUUCGCUCAGCUGGUGUUAAGUUGUAAUCCUGGCACUUAAAUCCGUGACAGUUCCAGAAGUGAGGAAGGCUGGCAGCAGGGAGAGGAGCUGGGCAGAUCUUCCUCAUACAGCCAUUAAAAGCAGGAGAUCACAGGCCAAAAGGAAGGUGAAGCCAAUUAAAUGCAUAAUUAGAAUUGACCAGGCUUCGUUCGUUAUCCUCUUCUCCUACAUGGUUGCUCAGAAACUGCAGAGAUGUGGUCACAAGGAGGGCUCCUCUGGGGGUGGAGAUGAGUCUGGGUGGGAUGGAGCUGACCAUGAGGAAGGUUCAGUUCCAAAGAAAUGCAGACGCCAUCAGUUCAGUGUCAUGGGAAAGGACAAAAACCGACGGUGCUCUGAGGAUGCGAGCAGCCCCAUUGGUGUAGAAAGGCUUUUCCUUCUGCUUCCCCAUGUCUUUGAUGGAAGAGCCUUUGCUGUGCAUGCCUCUGUAUUUUAGGAGAGCAACGGGACACAGCUGGCAUCAGCCAGUGCCAAGACUCAGCCAGGCUGGGUUUUUCAUGGCUGGGAUUGGGUCACCCCUUUCCUCUGAAAUCUUUCAUUUCGGACCUUUCAAGAAUAAGCAGCAGGACUUGACACAAAUUUCCCAUUCCCUCCCCAUUUUGCCCAUUGGGUGGCAAAAUCCCCCCUCUUCGCUCCAUGCAAACCUUGGCUCCUGCUCCCAAGAGUUAUCUGACCUCUACCAAGAGCCACCAGCACAGAGGCUAUAAUGGGAGCAAACCCAUCACCGAGCAAACUGAUGGAUUCUUGUGCUCCUUUCCUCUUUGUAGUUACAACCACAUCUGGGUUUGGAGCUUUCCAUGGGGUGCUGCCAGCUCCCAGAGCGACGCUGACAAUUCACAACUGAAAUUUUCACUCAAGGCGGUGGGGAUGUCUGUGGCAUGUGUGUAUGUAUGUAUAUAUAUGUGUAUGUAAUUAAUAUAUAUGUAUAUAUGUAUAUACGUGUGUGUGCAACGCAUGCACGCGUACACAGCUUCAAUGCAAACUGCGCCUAACAGGGAAGGGCUGCUGGGGGCUCCUUCCUUCACCACGGCUAUGGGAGCAAGGAGCUGGUCCUGCCUCCCCAGCUUCCCCAAGGCUGAGGCAAGGAGCCCUGCUGCCUCCUGCCCCUUUCCAUGGCUGGAGCUGAAACAGAGCCCAAAACCCACGAUGAGACCCCCAAACCCACGUGGCUCUGCUUCCCCCCACGUACUGUGCCUGCAGCUCCACGGCCGUACCCACACUCCGUCCCUAUAGAGAAGUCUCAGUCUGGAGUUACCAGAUCUUUUUUUUUUUUUAAAUAUAUAUAAUUUUUACUAUUAUUAUUAUUAUUUUCUUAAAAUUCACCCUAGGAGACGCCCAUGCAAUGCCCAGAUUUAUCCCCCCCCACCUCGCAAACAGCUCCAUCACUGCAUUUCCAAAGACCUCAGGGGUACCAGCGACCCUCUGGGUGUUGAGCACCCCCUGGUCUAAGUCAUAAAUGUACAGCUGACAAUCAAAACUGACAGAAAUGCUGACUUUAGAAAUAAAUGUAUCCAUUGCAGUUUGAUAGAACUUUUUAAAAUCACAUGCUUGUCUCUCGCGAGUGCUCACCACCAGGAUAAAUCACCACCCAUUGGUCCUUCUGUAAAUAAACAUGAAACAUCCUUGUAUAAAUUAAAAAGAAAAAAAGAAAAAAAAAUAAUUUAAGAAAA